AUCCUAUAUAAAUCAUCGAUGGUCUCUCUGAAAAUUCAAUUGUUCUCUAUCAUCUGACCUAAAUUCAUUAUUUGUACAUUCAUUAUCAUAGUAUACAUUGUGUGUACAUAAACCUAUAGUUUUAAUCAUUCGUAUGAAGAACAAAAGACGUUUCGCCAAUCUUCCUAUUGUUCGACCCGUAAUUAUGACCGAGGAUGUAACUGUAAUGAUCCAGAAAGGUUUGUCCGAGUGGUGGAGUGAGGAAACCGAAUAUAUCUUUCAACGAAUCGAACGAUGGGCUGCAUAUGCGAGAGGUUACAACCGUUUGAGGUCUCAGAGAUUGUCGAGAGGUCGCAUGACCAUGCAAGGGGGACAGGAGCCACGAUGGAACAUUUCGUCGAAUAAGCUAGUCAUCGAUGACUCCACAUGGAAUCCUCGUUUUCAUACCUUGAAAAAAUUUCGACGAAAGUCACAACCUGAAGAGACCAAGAUCAAUUGUUGCGGAACCUUCAAUUACCAAUCGAACAGUAAUCUCGAUAGUUCCUGUUUGGAAACGUAUAGGUAUGAUCAUAGUAUUUAUUUCAAAACUAUUGGUGAUAUAAAGAACGGAAAAAAGGUGAACGAUGAUACGAAAAACGAAGGUGAAGAUAGGAUUUCUAUUAGCAGUGAGGAGAUUGUUGAAUGGGAUGUUAGCACGGUGUCGGAUUUUAUCGCUAAUCAAUUACUGGAAGGCAGAAUCGAUGAUGAUGAUGAUAAUGAAAAUGUCUUCAACCCAACGGCUAAUUCUGAUCAGAACGAGAAUAGAUUUGCCUCUGUCACUUGGUUUAACGUAGAUUUAUCCAAACUCGAUCUAAAUGAAGACGAUGUUAGCAUUGACAAUGGACAAGAUGAUGAAAAUAAUUUGACUAUCACCGAGAUUGAAAAAGAAUCGAAUAAUAAUUAUAUACAGAGUGAAAAAUCUCUGAUGAAUACGAAUGCGAGGAAUGAAACAAAAUUAAGCUGUCUGAACGAAGAUAAAAUUAUGUGCAACGAAAGAGAAAGAAAAGAAAGAAACGAGGAGGGAAUGAAGAGGUUCCACGAGAUUCAAAGAACUAAAAGAUUGAUAAGGACGGUUAAGCAAGUUCCGAUUGUAGGUGACAACAAUGUGAUUUGGCCGAGUGUUUUAUUGAAUUAUACUAAAAACAUCGAUUCUUCCAAUUCGCCACAUCAUUACAAAAAAUCACAGAAAUGAAUACAAAUUUUGACAAUAUUAUCAUUAUUUGAUGCAUUAUAUUAAUAUUACAAUUAUAUAAAUGUUUCAAUAAUAGUAGACAUAUAAAAUUAUGUUAUUUAAUAUCGUUUUAGCGAAUAUAUGUAUUUUUUUUUGUAUUGAAUAUACAUCAUGUUUUUUUGUUAACCAUAAUUUCUGCAAAAAAGUACAUUAUGAAAAAUAAAUUAAAUUUGGAUAUAAAUACAUAAUUUAUAUUGUCAUGUUUGUUUGAAAUUAUCAAUGUAUGCAUUCGUAUUAUAUAUGAAUUUUUUUUAUUAAAUAUUUUCUUUUAAGUAUCAUCAAGAAUCAUUUUAUCGAUUUUAAAUAAAUUAAUCCAGUACUUCCAAAUUUUUUUCUUUUUUUAUAAUAUAACAAGUAAAUGUGCAAACUUUCUUUUUACAUUCGUAUAAAAGGAAUUACAAUUAUAUUAUCCAAACUUUAUUUUAUAAGAAAAUAUAUUUUUCAGAAUGCAAACAUUUUGAAAAACAAAAUAUACAAAUUUAAACCAUUUUUCUUGAAUUCGUAUACUUGAUAACUGAAUAAUUCAGAUAAUUGACGUUUAAAUGUAAAUUUUAAAUAGGAUAAUUAUUUUCAAUAUAAUAGAUAAUAAUAAAAUAGAUUUAUAAAAAUAGAUUUUUCAAAAUAUAAUUUACUCUCAUAAUCUAAUAUUUAAUUAAUUAAUAAUAUAAAAUUUUUGGUUAAUUAUUUGUAUUAAAUUAUAAAUACAUUAUAUUAGAUGAUAAAAUUAAUUGUAACUUUUAAUAAAUAAAUCAUUUCUUCGAAAUGAAA